CUUCUGCUUAUCAUGGUUUAGAAAAUCAAAGAUCUUUAUCCAUCUCGGUGCAGGAAGGUGUACAUGUACUGCUAGAAAAAUCUUUCUUCAAGUGUCUUUCUGAAGGUGGUUCCCAGUGUGGGAGGCACACUUUUCCCUAGAAUUAGUGUUUGAUGAUGUUUGUUGAUGAUGUGUUGCUAAUACAGAGUAACCAGAGGUAACAAGGCAGGAAAAAAAACAAUGUCUCAGACAGUGAAUUAUGAAAAAGCAGCCACUGUAUAAGCCAUUUGUAAAAGUAUAAGAAUACCAUUGUUUAAGAUUGUGCUUUUGGUAUUAUAGUUUGAAAAUGAAAAUAGAAUAAUAGUUAGUUAAAAAAAUAUUUUUAUCUCUAGACAUUUUAGGUGACCCCAUUUGAAUUCCAGACGACCCCUAAGCACAUUUCACUUUUUUUUUCUGUGAAAUCUCUGACUCACACGGAGGUGAAAAUGUGAUGUAAUUUAGAUCAGUGGUUCCCAAACUUUUUUUUAGCUGCGCCCCACCAACCGGUUCUGUAUCAAUGCGUCCCCAAACACCCACACUUCCGGAAAAAACAGAAAUGUAACAGUCUUUCUUCUAAAGUCAGCAUGUUCCAUCAUGUUCAAAUGACUUGAACAUACAUAUUCAUUCUGCGUUUAUUUAGUAAAUAAAGUGUCAGCUUUUGAUUUACAAAGGAAAUAUUUAUUUUCACAUUCUAUUAUGUGGAAAAAUCCCACUUAAAAAAAACCCAUUUCAAACCACCAUUACAUUUUUAUCUCACACAUUGUAUAAUCUGUGAAUCACUGAUUAUGGCUGCUUCUAGUAUCUGAGUAUCUGAGUUUCACCUCGUCAUAUCAUCACUUCAAAUGAGAAAAUUCUUUACCUCAUUUUUCCCCGUUGUUGUUUUCCAGACAUUUCACUUCCUCAAACAAAGAAAACUGAUUGAAUCCAUGUUCUCACGAUGUAUCCUUUCGGAAGCAGAUAAUGUCUGAGCUGAAAGCUGGAACUGAAUUUGUCCACGGACCUUUUAAUGUAAUGAGCUGCGAUUUAUUUAUUUUUCAUUAUUAUGAAAUCUUUAUAGCCUUUUUGGCUUUAGUAAGGAGUUCACCGAAACUACUUUACCAACAACAAGGAAGUAAUGAUCAAUUAAAUGUGGUGUUAUUGUCUGUGCAGUCAUUUUCCUCAAUGGUAAUCCCCGUCUAACAGAAAGUGGGCUUGGUUUUGUUCAUUUCAUUUUUUUUACCUUCAUCUGCUUGACCUUUUAUCACUGACAAUAGAAAUACCUAUUACUCUCUUUUGUGUGGGUUUUCAAACCCACUCUUUCAUGAAAUGGUAUUUUCUACUAUUUUCCUGUUUUAGUGUCCAAAAAAGAAAAUGAUUUCAUUAUUACCUGCAGACCAAGGCCACACGGUUGAUCUUUCUGUGUGGAGUUUGUAAGGUCUUCCUGUCUGGGUUCUCUCUGGGUACUUUGUCUUUCUCUACAGCCCAAAAACUUAAUAGAGGAAUAUGUUGGUUGGAUAAGGUUGAUUAUAAUGGUGUUAGUUUCUACAGUAUUUGUGGCCCUGUGAUGGACUGAUGGACUGUCCAGGCUGUACACCACCCUCGCUGGGAUUGGCUUCUACUUCUGUGCAUGCUCAUAUUAUUUCACUUGUAAUAUCAAACAGACAAACUGUUUAGACAACAGUGAUAUGAAAACCAUAUGCUUUAAUCUAUCGUUUCAUGUGGUGUUUUUCCCCGGAGGGGAUUAUUGAACCUGCAGGAAGGCCUUUCAAAAGCCAAGGUAAGAAAAACCAGUAAGUCCAGUUCUUAGUAUAAUCACCAAGUUGUCAUUUGCAGAUGCAAAAAGAGCGCAACUUCCUCCUGCAGCAGCAGAUGUAGCUGAAAUCAGUGGAGGGGAGUCCAGGAACACAUGCACCCAGGCUUGCUGUCACCAUGCAUAAGUCCCAGAGGAACACAGGCACUAAUGCAGUGUUCUACAAACCGGUGGACGGUCAGUUGGAGGUCAGAUCAGGGUACCUGUACAAGUCUCCUCCUGCAAACCACCUGAGAAAAGAGAGAUCAUGGAAGAAGAGGUUCUUUGUUCUGUUCAAAGUCAAUGAUAACCUUCACCUGCUGAAGUACUUUAAGAGUGAACAGGAAAAGGACAGACCAAUCGGAGGAAUAGACCUGGCAAGUGUCUCAUUUAUGUAUGUGAGCCCUGAGCACCACCAGAGAUGGGGUUGGAUCCAAAAAAGUUUCAGGUGCUCUCCCUCCUGUGUGCUCUACAUCAGGGCUGCAGACCGGGACUACUUCCUCGUUGGAGAGAGCAGUGAAGAGGUGGAUGGUUGGUUCUCUGACCUGUUCGAAGCCCUGAAAAAACGACCACAUAAAUUAUUGAGCUCUGAGGAAGUGUACAAUGGACAGCAAAUAAUAGAGGUCAUUACAAGGCCCUCAACGCAGAGAAAAAAUUCAACCGCUGUGUAUGAAAAGUCUCCACCCAAAAUACGUUCAAAGUCCGCCCCUUCCCCAAACUCUCUUCAACAGAUCACUGAAAGAUGCGAGGGUGAAGACACAAAAAGACCUACCUCAGAACCAAUCUAUGACUAUCCUUCAUCCUACCUGAGAGUCAUUCAAAAUGAAGAAACUGAUGCAACCCGUGGCAAAAAGUCUGAGUCAUUAUAUGAAACAAUGGAUAGAUUUUCUCAGAAUGAACAUGUUUUUCCAGCAGUGAAACCUGAAGUUGAGGCGGUCUCCAAUGGAACUCUGAUGAGAACUAUCAAUCUGGAGUUUGACAAAUGGAAGAUCCAGGAUUUACAAAAGCCAUCCGGCGAAGAAACAGGUGCUGGAGACAGAGAAGAAGCCAAUCCUUUGGACAGCAGCAGCUCCAGCGACACUGGGGCCAUCUCACCUGUGGAGGGUCAAGAGCGCUCUUUAACGCUGGAAAAUCAAAGCUCUACUGAGAGCCUUGAGCACAUCCCUCCAGAAGAAAGAGAUAUUGAAGUCAACCAGGCGGAUUUGAAAAAACACCUGACACUGAUUGAUGUGGAUGGGAAAGCUACAGUGUCAGCAUGGACAGGCCAACCACACACAGUAUGCCUGUUCCACAAAGGGGAUCGAAUAGUGGGACUUAACGAUUUGCACAUUACAAACGUGAAGGAGUUCAACACGUACAUCAGCAAGUCGCUCAAGAACGAGGUGAAACUCACCAUCCUGCGUCGACCGGGGUGUGUGCCGCUGCAUUCACCCAACCAUCUGUGCAGUGACGUACAGGAAGAGAGGACUGACAGAUAGGUGCUUCCUUCGAGCCUCUGAAUAUCUUUGGAUUUGCUGGUAAAUUACAUUUUGAGACGUGUCUUUGGAUGUUGGAUUGCUGCACUAAAAAUAGUAGAAAAUGUUUUGAAGCUGCGCAGUCACCAAAGAUGAUUUGUUGCAUUUAUAGAAGACUGGAAAAUAUGUGAGCUCCUACCUAGUAGUUAAGGUUAAGGUUGCAUGUGUAUACCCUAUCAUUAGGUUUAGGCCAACAAAAAAAGAAGUGAAGACGACUCAGUAUGUUUAAUGUAACAUGUGCUAGGUCUUCUUAUCUAAUGUUUUUUUUUUCUGUUUAAUUUUGUUGUCCCUUUAGCAAAAACAUGCCAAUACACAUACGGUAUGAAUUUGUAAUAUAAUGUGAAUAACCAUUAAUAGUAUGCAUUUUUGGCAGGUAACAGUACCUCAGCGUAUGCAAAUAUCUAGAGAUGAAUUUUGUUGGAACGUUACAUUUUGUUAUUGCGUGUUGACAUAUAACAUAUCAAGUUUUAUCUUAAAUCAGUGUUAAUUUGUAAAAAAAAAAAAAAAUGUUUCCUUCGUGUUAACUCUUUCCUCAGUUCCUCACUUUAUCACAUUUGUACAGUGCAACUUAAACACAUUAUUAUUCCAACAGCUGUAUAAUACAACACACUGUGAAUAAAAGAUCUAACGCACUGUUAGUUCUUCUGUAUCACAUGACCUAAAAAAAGAGCUGUUUCUCCAGGAUCUCAAAACAACAUGAUCUGAAUGUGAUUCCUAACAUUCCUAACCCUUAAUGUAUGAACAGAUUUCGCUCUUGUUAUUUUGUUAGUGACAUGGGUUUAGUCACUAAGAUGACAGAAAAACCAGCUAGCCUCUUAAGACCGAGGUCCCCAAUCACAGGGUUAUGGGUAUAUUAAAAAAAAAACACUGAUAAAUACUGAUAUGGUUUCAUAUGGAGUAAUGUUUUUUAUUUUUCCCAAACUCUCAUAUUAGUCUAAAUAGCAUUCAUGCUGAAAUAGCUAUUUUAAUUGUAAGAUGAAAGGAGGAAGCUGGCAUUGGACAUCUUUAUUUAAAUAUGUCCCAAAGAUUAUCUUAAUCGCUUUAUAGAUCUUAUCAAGUAGAUGACGCUGUACAUAACUUUACAGCGUUUACAUAGUAAUAAAAAGACAGCAGACAUCAGCACCGGCUGGACUGAGCAAACAGGGAAAUGUUUGACAUUAUAAGUGACAUCAGAAAUAGCCUCAUUCCUUAACACAUCUGAAACGGCUUCACUUUGCAUCCAGUUUACAACUAAGCAGCCCUGUCCGUUUCUUAAAAGCUACGUAGGAAUAAAGAAGAGAAGUUGGUCUCAUCCAUGUGAUUAGAUGUUUCCACCAUUUCAUCCUCUCUGGAAUGUCUUCUAACAAACUACAAUUUGCUACAGUCACCUA